GGAAAGCGGAACACAUCCAAACACUCUCUCCUCUCUCUCUCUCUCUCUCUCUCUCUCUCUCUCUCUCUCUCGUACAAAUUCCUAUUCCGUCUCCUUCCCACCACCACCUCCCAAAAAAACCCCAAACAAUGCUACCCCCCAACACCCUCCUCUCUCUCUCCUCCAUCCUCCUCCUGCUCUCCCUCCUCCUUCCCCUCUCCUCCUCCGCCUCCUCCCCCGACGCCGCCACCAUGACCGCCCUCCUCUCCCUCCUCUCCCCCGCCCCCUCCGGCUGGACAGGCACCAACCCCUGCACCUGGACCGGCGUCUCCUGCGACUCCUCGGCCCGGGUCACCUCCAUCAACCUCGCCUCCAAAUCCAUCUCCGGCUCCCUCCCCUCCACCCUCAACCAGCUCUCGCACCUCACCUCCCUCUCUCUCCAGAACAACCUCCUCUCCGGCCCCCUCCCUUCUCUCUCCAACCUCACCUCCCUCCAGCAAGUCUUCCUCGACAACAACAACUUCACCUCCGUCCCGCCCGACUUCCUCGCCGGCCUCACCAGCCUCCAAACCAUCAGCCUCAGCCAGAACGCCGGCCUCUCCCCCUGGACGAUUCCCGACGAGUUGACCCAAUCCAGCAGCUUGACAACUCUGUCCGCGAGCAGCGCCGGCAUCGUGGGGUCCGUUCCAGACUUCUUCUCUUCUUUCCCCAAUUUGCAGAACCUAAGGCUGUCUUACAACAACCUCACCGGGUCCCUGCCGCCGUCUUUCGGCGGCUCCGGUAUCAUAAACCUAUGGCUCAACAAUCAGCUCGUUGGGUUAUCUGGAACAAUUGAUGUAUUGAGCUCGAUGACCCAGUUGUACCAGGUCUGGAUCCACCAGAACUCGUUCACGGGUUCGAUUCCGGAUCUGUCGGGAUGCACUGAUUUGUUUGAUUUGCAACUGAGGGGCAAUCAGCUUACCGGAAUCGUGCCGGCCUCUUUGAUGGGUCUUCCUAAAUUGGCCAACGUCUCGUUGCAGAACAACGAAUUGCAGGGUCCUAUGCCUGUGUUCGGCAGCGGGGUCACCGUUACUCUGGGGGGUACUAAUAGCUUCUGCAGGACUACUCCUGGGCCUUGUGAUCCCCAAGUGACUGCGCUUAUUUCGGUUGCGGGUGCACUCGGGUAUCCAAUCACUCUGGCCGAGUCUUGGCAAGGGAACGACGCUUGUACUAGUUGGAGUUUUGUUAGUUGCGAUUCGACUGGCGCGAAUGUGACGGUUGUGAAUUUGGGGAAGCAGCAUUUCUCGGGUACUAUUUCGCCCGCAUUCGCGAAUCUCACCUCGUUGCGAAGCUUGUUUUUGAAUGACAAUAACCUGACUGGUUCUAUUCCGGAGAUUUUGACUAGUUUGUCUCAGCUUCAAGUUCUCGACGUGUCGAAUAAUAAUCUGAGUGGCCCGAUACCGGUUUUUGGGUCUUCGGUGAAGUUUACUACCACUGGUAAUCUUUUCCUUGGGACCAACGUUACCACUGGAGCACCACCGGGUGGAGGCACGAACUCAACCCCGACCGGUGGAAGUCCGGCGGGAACGUCGAAUGGGUCUUCUGUUUCAGCAGGUAUUAUUGCUGGUGUUGUGAUUUCUGUUGUGGUUUUUGUUGGUGUUGUUCUGUUCGUUUCUUACAAGUGUUAUGCCAAGAAGCGACACCAGAGGCUAGUGAGGGUUGUGGGGUCUGAGAAAGGUUCAGAAAUUGCUAAUAAGAGUGCAGAAAUGGCUAAUAAGAGUGCUGUAGCCAGUGGUGCAAAUUGGCACGGUGGUGCCCAAAGUGAAUUACAGAGUCAUAGUAGUAGUGAUCGUAGAGAUAUGCCUGUUUAUGAAGGUGGUAAUGUGUCGAUUUCGAUCCAAAUGCUUCGAGAAGUGACAAACAAUUUCAAUGAAGCAAAUAUAUUGGGUAGAGGAGGUUUUGGAAUUGUUUACAAAGGGGAAUUACACGAUGGGACUAAGAUUGCUGUGAAGAGGAUGGAAUCCGGGGCAAUGGGUACAAAGGGAAUGAAUGAAUUCCAAGCAGAAAUUGCGGUUUUAACAAAAGUUAGGCAUAGGCAUUUGGUUGCCCUUUUAGGUUACUGUAUCAAUGGGAAUGAGAGGCUUUUGGUAUAUGAGUACAUGCCACAGGGGACUUUAUCACAGCAUUUGUUCGAGUGGCGGGAACUUGGGAACUCUCCUUUUACUUGGAAGCAGAGGGUGACAAUUGCAUUGGAUGUGGCUAGAGGGAUUGAGUAUCUGCACAGCUUAGCGCAGCAGAGUUUCAUUCAUAGAGAUUUGAAACCUUCCAAUAUACUUCUUGGGGACGACAUGAGAGCUAAGGUUGCGGAUUUUGGUUUAGUCAAAAAUGCACCUGAUGGGAAGUAUUCUCUGGAGACACGAUUGGCUGGAACUUUCGGUUAUCUUGCUCCUGAGUAUGCUGCUACGGGAAGAGUGACUACAAAAGUGGACGUUUACGCCUUUGGAGUCGUUCUGAUGGAGAUAAUCACCGGAAGAAAAUCACUAGACGAGUCAAUGCCAGAGGAGAGGUGUCACUUGGUCACUUGGUUCCGCAGGGUCCUAAUCAACAAGGACAACCUUCAAAAGGCCAUCGAUCAAACCCUAGACCCCGAUGAAGACACUUACGAGAGCAUAUCUAAAGUCGCUGAGCUGGCAGGCCACUGUACAGCUCGCGAGCCUUUUCAAAGACCCGAUAUGGGCCAUGCCGUUAAUGUCUUGGGCCCUCUUGUGGAGGAGUGGAAACCUUCUGGCAAGGAAGAGGAAGAAGAUUCCGGUAUUGACUUCCACAUGAGUCUUCCUCAGGCCCUUCAAAGAUGGCAAGCAAAUGAAGGCACUUCAUCAAUGUUUAGUGAUUCUUCAUACAGCCAAACACAAUCAAGCAUCCCGUCGAAACCUUUCGGGUUUGCAGACUCGUUUGAUUCAACCGACUGUCGAUAGACGAAAAAUCAAAGAUCAAAUGGGUUUGAAAAAAAGGAGAUGACAGUGCUGCAACCGUGUGAAAGGAAAAGAGAUGACAGAAAAUCAUGUAUGUAUUCUUUUUGUAAUGCUACUCUUAUUAUCUUUUGUUGUUUACUUUUGAGGGGUUAGAAUUAGCACAGCGUAAAUGAACAAAUAAAAGAACAAAGAGUUAACCAAUUGUAUCGAAUUCAUUGACAUUUUGACAAUGGUAUACCUAUUUUUGAGGGUUCUUGGUUA